CACGGCGUCGGCGUCGUCGCCGUCACAUCUGUCUGGCUACGUAUGCCAUCCGCAUCAGCACGAUUCCACCAGCGUCGUACAGUAACUCUGGAACUCUCCGAUCCCAUUCCCCACAUAGUACCUCUCUAUCAUGUCUUCGAUCCACCGCCUUCCUCCGUUUCAUCCGCUUAUCCAUGCCGUGCGAAGCUUGAAGCACACCCCCUUCGGCCUCAAGCCCAGGCGUCCGCUCUCGUCCAGCGUCACUCACUGAAGGUGCUUCGAACCGCCCGGUGGCCAGGCUUGCACUUUUCUGGACCCGUCGCUAUCGCCCGUCAUACUGGGCACGGACUCGGGACGAGAUGCUUAAAUGCGGCGCGUUCGCUGCAGCGGCGGUGACUCGCCGUCGGAGCGCCAUACUCAUCUAUGAUCGUGCGCGGCCGGCGGGAAGGAAGCAACUACUCUACGGUGCUUCACGAAGGGCCGUGCGGUUG